ACUCCGAGGAGAAAGCUAUGUGGUUGCUACAAAGCAUUUCUUCGAAAGACAGCUGCUGUGGACACUGAGAGGAACUUCUAGAGGAGCCGAGAAAGCAGCAGGUAGGAGGGCCUCUUACAGACGUGCAGCUGGGAGAGCCUGCUCCGGUCUAAAUGAAGGCCAGCCCUCACGUCUCCAGCCCGCUGAAAUUAGGGGGAAGAGAGGAGACUUUCAGAUGACAGGGAGUUCUGGUGCCACAAGCAACACAAAGAGGGACUGGCCAUUAAUGAGAGAGGCUGCAAGAAGAGCCUGUGCAGACUGAGCCACGCUCUGCUCUCUCUGGGUUCGGUGCAAAUCAGUUCAGCUCAGAGGUCGAAGGAAACGGGAGACAGGGCAGUUCCGCAGGCGUGAAAACGCUCCUAUAGAGACACGUUAUAUUUCUGCCAAAAGGGAGGACCUCUUUUUUUGUUGCUGUCUGUUUUCUUUUGUGUGUUGCUUUGUCUGUGAGAAGAAGCGGACUCAAGCUGUUCUCUACUCUAAAAUAACCAGGCGGGACAAAGUAAGAAGAGAAGGAAGAAGAAGUGAAAAAUGGCCAAUUCUGGAUUCCAGCUUCUGGGGUAUUUCUUGGCUCUGGGUGGGUGGAUUGGCAUCAUUUCGACCACAGCUCUGCCACAGUGGAAGCAGUCGUCAUACGCUGGCGAUGCUAUCAUUACAGCAGUGGGCCUCUACGAGGGGCUUUGGAUGUCCUGUGCCUCGCAGAGCACAGGGCAGGUGCAGUGCAAGGUGUUUGACUCCUUGCUGUCACUGGACGUGCACAUCCAGACAUGCCGUGCCCUGAUGGUGGUGUCGGUGCUGAUGGGCUUCAUCUCCAUCAUCGUCAGUGUGGUGGGCAUGAAGUGCACCAGAGUGGGGGACAACAACCCCCAGAUCAAGGCCCGCAUUGCCGUGUCUGGAGGCGUCCUUUUCCUUCUUGCAGGGGUCUGCACACUGGUCUCUGUCUCCUGGUAUGCCACACAGGUGUCCUACCAGUUCUUUAAUCUCAACACACCUGUAAACGCCAGGUUCGAGUUUGGCUCAGCUCUGUUUGUGGGGUGGGCAUCAGGUAGCCUGACUAUGCUGGGGGGAUCCUUCCUGUGUUGUUCCUGCCCCACCGACGAUAGAAGAGGGCAACAGUACUACAGCCAAUCACAGCCCUCUACAACCAGGGAGAUUGAGUUGUUGACUGAAAGUAGUUCCCCUGACUGACCACUCCCAGCCUUGUCUUGAGGAUUGUCCAAGUUGAACUCACUGUGUCAAGUCUGAUUCAUACUGUGGACCCUUAUCACUGUCCUUUGGCCUUUGUUUUGCUCCUUAAAUGGAUGUACAGUAUCCUAUCAGCAUCUGAUACAAGACCAUGAGUCAAGAUCAAGGUUUCUCCACUCCACGUUACUGCUGUGCCCUUUGACAUCUGUUUGAAAAUGGAAUGGCUGUAGAAACAGGUUUGCAGUCACUUUCACUGACAGCACUAUCCUGGCCGCACCGUAUGUUGUACGUAUGUCUCUAAAAAACCUGGGGUAUGUAAUUUCUCACUUAUCCCACAGUGCAAAGGAUUUUAUUUUAGUCCUCACUGUGGUUUUCGUUAUUUUCUGAAACCACAGCUGUAUAUUUCCACAUACACAUUAUUUUCCUUUACGUCACAGACUAAGUGUACCUCCAGGCAUAAGGAGAUUGAUAUUUGAGGACAUUUUGGAUAUACAGGAAAGAAGUCUUUAGGUCACAAGCUGUUUAGAAAUUAUUGCAGACCAGAAACUCAUUCAUGGCAACACACCCAAAUACAAAUAAAUGUCCCUGCAGAAACUGUCAGGCAAUAUCAAUAUUUCAUACGUACAUUUCAAG